AUGCAACUAAGUGCCACAUCAACUCUGGGCCUCAAUUGCCAAGCGGGGUUCGAACGACCAGGAAUCAUCACAGUCUUGGCGUCGAUUCUCGAUAGAGUUGUCGCGGUAAGCGAACAAGCUCCUCCCAGAAUCUGCGGCAAGACGGGUCAGCAGCUGACGGUGUUUCACGGGCUCAGAGCGCCCGGAAUCAGCAUCGCCAAGUACCUGGACCGGAUAUUUAAGUACGCCAACUGCAGCCCGUCGUGCUUCGUGAUCGCGUACAUUUACAUCGACCGAUUGAUCAAGUCGCAACCGGACAUGGUCAUCACGUCGCUGAACGUCCAUCGCCUGCUGGCGACGAGCGUCAUGAUCGCCGCGAAGUUUCUUGAUGACGAAUAUUACAAUAACGCGUACUACGCCAAGGUCGGUGGUGUUGCUACAAGCGAGAUGAACAGAUUAGAGUUGGAGUUUCUCUUCCGGAUCAAGUUCCGAUUGAAUGUGACAACCGAGGAGUUCAUGGAGUACUGCAAGCUUCUAGAGAACGAGCUGUGGACAUUGUGUCAGGCGCCGCAGGAGAUGCAAUACGUGAUGGCGACAACAGCGGCUCACGAGGUUCAGAUGCAACAACAAUACGCCUACGAUUAUGCCACUGCUGCUGCGAUGAAUAAAGCGUUGUCGUCGAGUGGGGAUGCGGUGCAGACACCCGAGCAAAGAGCGGAGUUGAGAAGAUAUGCCAGCCCUCAGGAUAUCUGCUUAGUGGCUGCGUCAUAG